AUGGAAGUGGUGGCCAUGGAAGUGGUGGCCGCAGCUGUGCCGGUGGCUUUGGCCUUGGUCGACAGAGUACUAGCCAGUCUCUCCGAUCAAGGAGGGAGCUCCGGAGCAAAACAAGACGUUGAAAAACUCAAAAGUCGGCUCUCAUCAUUUCAAUCCUUCGUCAAGUUGAAAGAAAAUCAGAAGAAAGAUCAUGUUUCUCAAGAUUUAGUAAACAAGAUUCAAGGUGUAACUGCUGAAAUCGAAGAUGCACUCGACGAUUUCAUGUUCGAAGUUCACAUGGAUCGAACUCAACCCCACCCAAAUGCACACGUUCAGUCUCUCCACGACUUGGCUCAUAAAAUGAUUAAUCACAAACCCAUCAAACGCUUAUCCGAACGAGCGAAGAGUAUCAACCAAAGAAUCGAAACCGACAAUCUGAUGGAUCGUAUGGCAGAAGGAAAACAUGGUUCGGAGUUGACUGACUUACCAUCGGACUUAUUUCUCGAUGACACCAGAUUGGUGGGGUUCAUAACACGCCGAGAAGAGAUGUUGAAUCAGUUGAUCAGUGGAGACUCGAAGCGUACAACCAUUCAAGUUGUUGGUCCUGGUGGUUCGGGCAAAACUUUUCUUGUUGAGAAUGUUUCUUCAGAUCAACGUGUGGUGACGCACUUCCAUUGCCAAGCUUGGCUUCGGCUGUCUCGUUGUGAUUCCAGUGAGGUGUUGGUGUUAGACAGUCGUUCCGAUCUAACUACCGGCGAUAGUAGUUUUGUCAGUGAAUCUAGACGAGUUGACACAACAAGACUACACAACUAUCUGCAUCAGAAAAGGUAUCUGAUCGUUCUUGACAAUGUUUGGAAUCGACAACGUUUGGUGCAGAUUUUGAAAGAUUUACCUGAUCAAGAAAAUGGUAGCCGGGUUAUAAUCACUACUCGAAACAAUAUUGAUGUAGCUGCUGAUAAACCCAAACACACACAUAAACUAGAUGGGUUGAUUGAGGAAGAGGCAUGGAAGCUUUUCUGCACACAUGCUUUUCCAAGAAGUGGUCAUUGUCCAAAAUUAUUGGAAAAAGUGUCCAGUAAAAUAUUGAAAAAGUGUGAUGGUCUGCCUUUAGCUAUUGCUGCAGUUGGUUUUCUGCUUUCAACUGGGCAGCGGAGAGAAGUUGAGUAUGAUUGGGAAACUUUUUACAACAGCCUUGCACAUGAGAUUGGAACUAACUCAAAGUUUCCCAUUAUAAGAAGUGUUUUGCAGCCAAGUUUUGUGGAUCUUCAAGAAAAUCUCAAGAGUUGUUUCUUGUAUUUCAGCAUCUUUCCAGAAGGCCAAUCUGUCUCGCGCGGGAGGUUGAUUCGCUCCUGGCAAGCCGAGGGGUUUGUCAAGGAAGUAAAUGGGAAAACACCAGAAGAAGUUGCAGAAACUUAUCUCAACGAACUCAUUGGACGAAACUUGGUUCGCAUUUGCUCUUCUGAGAUCGAUGGUCGUGUAAGAACUUGCCAAGUUCUGAGGUUAUUCCAUGAGUUUAUAGCUCCUCUGUCCAAGGAUGGAAACUUUGUCACCGUUGUGGACAAGAACUCCAAACCAAGUCCAAAUGAAAAGGUUCGACGGCUUUCCUUUCAUGAAUCUUUUCCAUUAAAAUCAGAUGAGAUGAUAAGUGAUGCUAAGUAUGUUCGUACUUUGUUUAUGUUUGGUCAUCAUCAUCAUCAUCAUCAUCAUGACAUUGGUACCAUUGUGGAUGACUCAAAGAAAGAAUCUAAAAGGGAAAGAAUGAAAAACAGAAUAAGAUCAUUCACAACAUCCAGUUAUAGUGAUCAAGAUCAUCACUUGGAAAUGUUUUUGGGAAAGUUCAGACUGUUGAAGGUUCUAGAUUUGCAACAAGUGCCAGUGCAAAAUCUUACCAAAUAUGUAGGCUCUUUCAUUCUCUUGAAGUGCCUUAAUAUGAGGUAUACAUGUAUAGAGACAGUUCCAGAUUCAAUACAGAAACUCGUCCAUUUGGAAACUUUGGAUCUCAAGUACACAUUGGUGAAAGAAUUGCCUAAAUGGAUCCACAAGCUUCAAAAAUUGCGCCAUCUCCUAGUUUCUCGACGAAGUAGUACGAUUAUUUGUGGCGAACCUCAAGCAAUCUACGUUUCUAAUUCUGGUAUUGGAUCCAUAUCCUCUUUACAGAAAGUAUCUCUGAUAGCAGUGGAAAAUGUUGAAGUCAUUAAGCAAUUGGGACGUUUGAAGCAACUGAGGAAAGUUGGUCUUGCCAAUCACCAUGAAAAAAAUGGAAGGGAAUUGUGUGAGUCAAUUCAGAAAAUGGAAAAACUCUGCAAAAUCAAAGUUAGAGCAGCCACAGCUGAGAAGUUUCUUGAUUUGGAUCACAUGAUAGAGCCUCCUACGAGUAUCCAACACUUGAAUCUAGAAGGUGGUCUGAGGAGAUUUCCAAGCUGGAUUAAGUCUCUUUCGAGUUUGGUUAAGCUUGUACUCAAGUCUUCAAAGCUAAGGCACAAGGAUGAAAGUAGUAGUCCACUGGAGAAUCUUGAAUCUUUACAGUGUUUGAUGGAGCUUGAAAUGGUUGAUUACUACGUGGGAACCAAGUUGGUUUUCAAAGCUAAUACGUUCAAAAGCCUUAGGAAACUGCAUGUGGAGCAAUUUGAUGAGCUAAAGGAGGUUGUUGUGGAGACUAUGGCAUUGGUUAUGCUGCAAAAACUGACCAUUUGCAAGUGUGAGAAAUUAAAGGCACUUCCAACAAGUUGUUCUCUUGAAAAACUUGAAGAAUUGGUUGUGUAUGAGAUGAGUGGUGAUUUUAUUGAUGAUAUUAAAAGGAGGAUUAAUGAGGGUCAGCUGAAAAACCAUAUUCAGAGAUCUAAUGAUGAAGCUUCUUCAAGUAGUAGUAGUAAUGCUGGCCAUGCAUUAAGCAGGAGAAUAAUGUCUUAUCGGCAUAUCUCAUGA